AUGUCUUACAAGAACAAGAUUCGAUCAACGAUAGACCAUCUACCUGGCGCUCUGCCUUCUGCACCUUUGCCAAAAGAGCUGACUGCAGCGUCAGUAGCUCAGUCGGCUUCAGCUAUAGCUCGGUCUUUGCAGUCAGACACUCUGGAAGAAAAGCUCUUCACGCACGACGCUUUCUGGCGCGACCUGUUCAGCUUGACUCGGAAUCUUCGCACAUUCUACGGCCCAACCGCAAUCGGCGUCGCUUGGUCUGACGUUGCCCCAGCGGCCGAUUUGCGCAAUGUUAAAGUCGUCCUCGAUUCAGUUCACUUCCAACCGACGUGGGCGACAGUCGAUUUCAGCUUUGACGCUGACCUAAGUGGUCUGCCGGCCGAGUGUGGAGGUCAGCUGAGCCUUGUGCCGGAUCCUGCUGCUGAGCACGGGAUGAAGAUCUGGAUGAUGCUGACCUGGCUGGACAACCUCAAGGACCGCCGAGGAUUGGACCUGCGUCACAAGCGACAGAAACAUCAGAACCCAGAGCCGACCAAUGUGGAACACCUUGAUGUCCUUAUCAUCGGUGGCGGUCAAUCAGGUCUGUCAACAGCAGCAUACUGUAAGAGCCUUGGCCUGAGGUACAUUGUUCUGGAGAAGAACGCCCGUGUCGGAGACAACUGGACCACUCGCUACGACAGCGCCAAGUUACACACAGUCAAGCGCUUCAACCACCUGCCAUUUGGCCCAACAUACACUGAUCACGAUCCGGAAUGGCUGCACACCAAAUCUCUCGCUGAGGGCUUCCGCCGUUUUGUAGCACAAUUUGGCAUCGACGUUUGGACGUCUUGUCAAUUGAGUAAGCCGGCCACAUUUGAUCCGACCACCAAAGAAUGGACCGCUCAGGUCUUGCACAAGGACAAGACCUACACCAUUUCAGCAUCGCAUAUCAUCCUUUGCACUGGGCCUGGCGGUAGCACUCCUCUCCGUCCGGACUGCCCCGGCAUCGAGACGUACAAUGGCACAUCGCUCCACAGUGGGGAAUACCACAAUUGCAAGGCCUUUCACGGCAAGCGAGGCAUCAUAGUUGGAAGCGCGAACACCGCCCACGACGUCGCCGAGGACAUGGUGGAAGCCGGACUGAGCGAGGUGACCAUGGUCCAACGGGGAAGCACGUACGUCGUCCCGCGCUCGCACUUUCAGGAGCUCUUCGGUAUGAUCUGGAAUGACAAAGUUUCCCAAGAGAUCUCUGAUCGGAACUUCAUGAGCCCGCCGACCUCCAUCCAGCGGCUGAUGAGCAACGCAUACUUUCACGCCAAAGCCGACGAAGAGACUGAGACGUGGAUGGCGCUCGAGAAGACUGGCUUCAAAUUCGAUCCAAAAGGAGACCUGAUUGAUCAUCUCCGAGUCCGCUUUGGAGGCCAUCACAUGGAUUGCGGCGCAAGCCAGCUGAUCAUAGAUGGCACAGUCAAGAUCAAGAACGAUGCGCAGAUCACGCAUUACACGCCAACGGGACUGGGUUUCUCCGACGGCUCCUCGCUGGAUGCUGAUCUUAUCGUCUGGGCCACCGGCUUCGAGAAAGACAUCAGACAGAGCGCGGAGCCCGUGAUCGGCCACGAGCUCACUGCGCAGCUGCGAGAGUUCUGGGGUGUCGACGAAGAAGGCGAGGUGAAAGGUGCGUAUGUGCCGUCGGGCGUGGAGAAUUGCUGGAUGUGCGGUGGUGGGACUGCGGAUGUGCGGUACUUUGCUCGUUUCGUGACUUUGCAGAUUUUGUGUGGUUGUUUGGGACAUCCGAUGGUGCCGUAUGAGAAGGCGGCUUUUCGGAUGCGAGAGUAG